CUUCGGGCAGUUAAACGUUUGUUUAUUGAACAGCUAAGGAACGACAUUCGAAAUAAUUUCGUCUGGAUAUAACGUUUUGUGACUCCUGGAAUCCUACAAAUAUAAAGGAUGGACACUCGCUUUGCUCACAUGUACAAGCGGGACAGCAGUGUCUCUUUGAUCAGGCUGAAGAUGUCCAGACGCAGGUCUCAGUCUCAGAAAGAGAAUCGAGAGAAGAUAAAGAACCUUCGCAGACACCUCGACCAGCUUCCGGAAAUUGAGCUCUCAAUGGAUGCAUCCAGCAUCAUGGCCACACAGGAAAAUGAACCCAAAACAAAGAUGGCUAAAGAUGUGAAUUCUGCGGCUGAGGAGCGAAAGAAGAUGCUCGCUCGCUACAAAGAAAACAAGAUAUUGCAGAAAGAGAAGGAAAAGAGGGAGAAAGAGAAGAAAGGUGUGUUUAAGGUGGGCCUGUAUAAGCCACAGCCACUUGGGUAUCUGCCAUUAAACUCUGCUGCACCAGGCAGUGCAAAGAUCGCAGAGCCUAACCAGUCCACAAGAGUGACCCGCUCUAUGAUGCACAAUCAAAAGCCAACAAUUGAAAGACAAACUGUUCCAAAGAAAGUGGAGACGGCACCAACCACAAGAGCUCCAAUCAAGAACUACCCGAAAGCUUCAACUGCUACCAAAGGCAGAGUAGCCACAGUUGAACCACAUGUGAGAGCUCCAACCACCAGAUCAUCUUCUAAAACAACACUGGGAGCUGUGGCUAAACCAGUUGGUGAUUCUAGGGUGCCAAAAACAAGAUCAACUGUCAAGUGUCCUGCAGCGCUCUCUUCUGGCAGAGGGAAAGCCAUACAAGGAAACACCAAGGCAAAUGCUGGAAAUGAACCUGCUGAGAAAAAGGACACAGAAGUUGAUUCUGUAUAUCCUGAGGACAAGGAGGAACCAAAAGCGGCUCCAUCCUCAUUUGCCCCUCAGGGUUUUGUGUUCCAAGCUCCUGUUGGUCUGAGGUCCUUCCAGCCUGCACCCCUCUCCCCACGCACAGCCAGUGCUUUCCUCUCACCGAGCUUUACUUCUGAGCCCAGCAUGGAGCCCAUCUUCCCCCCUCCCCCAAAUCCUGCUCAUCCUCUCUCCUCUCCUCCACCUUCUCUAUGUACUCCUCCAUCAGAUAAUUCCUCCUCUCCCCCAAAACAUGUUCCCUGUGCUCCCUGCAUCUCCUCCUGUCCUCCCUCUCUAUCCUCUCUCCCUCCUGCUCCCUCCUCUCAGCUAUCCACUUCUACUGCACCAUCACCACCCUUGGUCCCCUUGGAGCCUCAACAUGAUGUUGCCUAUUUCAGAGCAGUGAUGGCCACUGAGACGGACUGCUUGACUGAGCUCUCUAAGUUUUGGGAGUCACGAUUUGAUGAUACUUCUAUCCCAGAGGAGAUAAGAGAUCUGAUGCGCACAGCAGUGGGUCAGGCCAGACUGUUGAUAAAGGAGCGUUUUGGACAGUUCAAUGGGCUGGUGGAUGACUGUGACUUGGGUCGUGGAGAGAAAAUAACCACCUGCACUGACUUGCAGGGCUUCUGGGACAUGGUUUACUUUCAGGUGGAAGAUGUUAACAAGAAAUUUUACGCUUUGAAAGAGGCAGAAGCAAGGGACUGGAAAGAAGCAGAAGACAAGCUUGCCCCCAGAAAAAGAGUGGUCAAAAAGCCUCCUGUUGCAAGAGGGAAGGCUGCAGUAGGUGGAGGUGCUAGCACUGGAGCUAAGAAUCGACUGGCUGCUGUAAAGGCUGCCAUGAGAGCCAAGCAAGCUGCUGAACUGAAAGCUACUGAAACUUUAGCCAACAAUCAGGAUGACACGAGCACUGUCACUGCGGGCACUGCCAAUACACUUCCUGCACAGUCUGUGGUGUUUCAUGGAGGCUUCUUCCAGGUGGAAAGCCCAGUCAAACCAUUAGGGGCUGUUAGAAGAUCGUCUCGAAUCAGUGCAGUUCCUUCACCCCAUGGUUCGAAGUUCAGCACACCAGGCAGACAGUGCAGAUCUAAUAAGGUCUCAUGUGACUCUCCUCUACCCUGCAUAUCUCUACCCACCACACCUACUCGAAACAUUCACCCUGAUGUAUUACACGUCUCCACCCCUCAACAUUCUGCUGAGCUCCAGCUAGUGUCACCCAACGCCCCUCAGAUCAGCCCUGAACACAAACAAACCGCACACAUUUUGCCAGACACCGAGCCCUGUGCAAGCAACAAACCUCAUUUUGAUUUGAGCACCAUCCAUUCCUCGCAUAUUGGUGGACCAGCUAAUUGUCCAGUGGACCAAUCACAUGGUACAGUAAAGUCCCAUGUCUCAGCCAGCCAAUCUGAAAUGGAGCCAACUGUUGAUUCUUCAGAAGCUUGCCCUCAGAUUGAGGACUGUAUUCCAGAAUCUAAGUUGUUUAGCCCUUCCUCCAAAGAGAAAGCAGAUGAGAACAUGAUUUCUGAAGAUGUUUUGCCUGUCCCAGCUGGAGCAGAUGCCUGUCCAGGUGCUCUUCCCCAGUGCUCCUCUCACGACUCAGAAACAGUGGAUGCAGAGCUCAGUGUUUGUGCUCCUUCCUUCCCUACCCUGAUGCCCUCCACUCCAAACAAAGAUCUCCCCAUUUCUACAGCAUAUAGUAAUGAUGUUGCCUGUGAUGGCCCUCCAACCAGUACAGAUGUUGAAAUGACUGAAAAUCAAGAUGCUGAGGUGAUAAUCUAAGUCAGCUCACACUCAUGUUGUCCCAAACGCCAAUAACUUUCUACCACUGAACAUAAAAGGAGAUGUUGAUGCCUCAGUCACCGUUCACCUUCAUUGUUUGGGGAAAAAAAGAUGGAAUGAUGACUGAAACUAACAUGAUGCCUCAAGCCCAAAGUAUACUUCAGUUUUGCAGUGAAUGCUUGUCGUCUGCGUACAGUCGAACCCUGGUCUUUCAAAGUAUACUUCAUUUGACUGCGUGCAUACACAGAAGGUUGACUACUGUAAGAUACUGGACUAUUCAUCUUCAAGAGUUUAGAGACAAAGAUAUCUUUAUAUUCCUUCAGACUCGAGUUAUUCAAAUGCAGGUAUCUCCUGACAUCCUUACACACAUGCUCUUGAUGUGCACAUUCACUGCUAUUGUUUCCAUCUUUGUCAUGAAUGCGCCUGGAAUUACUUGCACUAAUUAGUGGGUCCACUAGGUGGCAACACUCA